AACUACUUUAAAUGCACAGGGACCCUGCAGAACGAGGCAUUAGCUUUGUGAACAUCUACUUUUUAUUCUCCGUUAUCUGCUUGACAGCUCUUCAACUUUUCAGCAUGGUUGAUGCAUUUUGUGGCACCUGGAAGUUGGUAGACAGCCAAAAUUUUGAUGAAUACAUGAAAGCUAUCGGAGUCGGAUUUGCAACAAGGCAAGUUGGCAAUGUCACGAAACCAACAGUGAUCAUUGGCAAGGACGGAGACAAAGUAUUUGUGAAAACACAGAGUACAUUCAAGAACACUGAAAUAUCCUUCAAACUUGGGGAGGAGUUCGACGAAGCUACUGCUGAUGACAGAAACUGCAAAUCUGUGCUGAACAUGGAAGGAGACAAGUUUGUGCACGUGCAGAAGUGGGACGGCAAGGAGACAAAGUUCGUCCGAGAGAUACAGGACGGUAAACUGGUCAUGAAACUUUCGUUCGAAGACAUCGUGGCUGUGCGCACCUACGAGAAGGCAUAAAUUCUGAAUCAACCCCUGUGCCACCCAGUCUUUUCAGUCCUGUUUACUGGACUAUGGACGGAUUUUUUUCUACUGUACGCAUAUAUUUGCACUUCAUUCGCCCAAACGUUUUAUGGCAUCAGAUGAUUUUUUAAAAUUUUUAUACAAAUGACUUCAAUCUUUUCAUACGGAAUCAUGAUGUGAAUAAAUGUGCAAAGUAAACUGAAAUAAAUGACCUUAAUUAACUGA